UAACAUUAUCCUAAAAUAGGAAGCAAGAAGAUAGGUUUCACAAGCAAAGUGAUUCUCCUCUUCCAUCCGCGAGAUGUCGGAGGCGGAUGCCGCCGCCCGCCCAGUCGGCGGCACUGAGUACAGCUGGAUCCGGGCUGUUCCCGGAGGCACCGGCAUCACCGUCCUCGCUCUCCUUCUCUCCCGGCCCGUCUGCCUUCCCCUCCUCCAAUCUGCCCUACGCCGCCUCCAAGCCUCCCACCCCCUCCUCCUCGCCCAACUCUCUACAGCCUCCGCCGCCCACCCUUCCUUCUCCCUGACCGAUCCCUCCUCUCUCUCCCUCCUCUCCCUCAACGUCUCCGACCUCCCUCUGCCGCCUCCUGACGCGGAGUCGGGGAUCUCCCCUUUCCACGCCAUCCUCGAGCGCGAGCUCAAUCAGAACCCGUGGUCCGAUCCGAGCCCCGAUCGCCUCCCGCUCCUCUUCCCCACGGUCUACGAGAUGCCCGAUCCGGCCCGGACUGUCGUCGCGCUCCGCUUCCACACCGCGGUCUGCGACCGGAGUGCCGCCGCAGCUUUGCUCAAGGAGCUCCUGUGCAUAAUGUCGAGCGCCGGCGCCGGCGGGCCGGGGGAGGGGUUGAACCGGGAAAUCGAGGAACUGAUACCGAGGCAGGACGCGUGGAAACCGUUCUGGGCGCGGGGGAAGGAUUUGCUGGGCUACUCGCUGAACGGGCUGAGGACAUCGACUCUCCGUUUCGAAGACGCCGGCAGCCACGUGCGGCGAUCGGAGGUGGCGCGGUUGGUGCUGGGCGCCGACGCCACCGAGAAACUUCUCACGGAAUGCAAAGAAAGAGCAAUCAAGCUCUGUGGAGCCAUAUCGGCAGCAGCUAUGCUUGCUUCCCAUGCAUCGAAAAAGUUUGAGAAUGAUCAGUAUGAGACCUACUCGGUCGUGACCCUUAUCGAUUGCCGCAAGUAUCUGGAUCCAGUUCUACACGAACACAAUAUCGGGUUUUAUCAUUCAGCAAUCAUCAACACACACAGCAUUCAUAGCGGAGAAGGCCUGUGGGAGGUAGCCAAGAGAUGCCAUGAUUCCUACUCCAAUGCCAUGAACAACAAGAAGCAUCUAAAAGACAUAGGCGAGCUCAACUUCCUGAUGUGCCGAGCCAUUGAAAACCCACAAUUAACCCCUUCGUCAUCCCUACGCACCGCGCUCAUCAGUGUGUUCGAGGAACCUGUGAUCCAUGACUCAUCCAAGCUGCAAGAAGAGAUUGGCCUUGAUGACUACUUUGGGUGUGCUUCGGUCCAUGGAGUCGGUCCAUCGAUUGCGGUGUUUGACACAAUCCGAGAUGGAAAACUAGAUUGUGCCUGUGUCUACCCUUCUCCCCUUCACUCGAGGAAGCAAAUCCAAGAGCUACUUGAAGACAUGGUAAGAAUUCUAACUCAAGGCACGGUAAAUGAUGAAUCUAAAUAGAUUGAGAAACAUUGAUGUAGAAAAUGUUGCAGACCUAUUCGACUCGCUAGAUGAAAUAAAAGCAUCAAUUAAGACUA